AUGCAUCUCAAAAAGGCUGUUAUUGGUGGUUUUCUUUUGACCUCAACAUGUGCAUUCCCAAACCACGAUGGAAACGAUGCGCAAGGAUUGCCAUAUCUACACCCGCGAUUGAGAACGAUCAGGUCGAACACAGGCGCUAGUAUCAGUUUUACUGAGGCCAGCAAAGCUGGAAUCUGCGAAACAACUCCCGGCGUGAAAAGAUACUCCGGCUACAUUAACCUUAGCCGUGACGCUCAUAUGUUUUUCAUGUUCUUUGAAGCCCGGCAGGAUCCUCAUAACGCCCCGACUACCCUGUGGCUUGGUGGUGGUCCUGGAAGUGACUCUCUGAACGCAGCAUUCAAAGGCAAGCCUACUGAAAAUCUAACUGAAUAUUGGACUACUCAAGCGGCUGCGAAAGUAGAUUGGGAUGCCGUCCAAGCGUUCUAUGGUGCUCUACCCAAGUUAAACCCUAGGUUGAAGUCAAGACAUUUCAACUUAUGGACAGUUAGUAACGGCGGGCACUACGGACCUACUUUCUUCAGGUACUUUUACGACCAGAACACUAAGAUCAUAAACGGAAAACUUCGUGGUCAGCCCUUGGCAUUUGAUGCUCUGGGCAUAAUAAAUGGUGCUAUUGACACAGGGAUCGAGCAAACUGGUGAUCUUGCAUGCGCCAGAUCUCUUGAGGACGUGGAAUAUAUACUCGAUCUGCCUGUUCGGGUCACACUCAUGUAUGGUGACGCAGAUUUCGUUUCUAAUUGGCUAGGUGGCGAGGCAGUUUCGCUUGCAGCAAAUUAUUCUAAUGCUGCGGCUUUCUGA